AUGAUCCAGCUCUGCUUUGUAUUUUUCGUUCCUGAAAGCCCAAGAUGGCUUGUCGCCAAAGACCGCAGUCAAGAGGCCCUACAUACUCUAGUCAAGUUCCACGCUGAGGGACAAGAAUCUGACUUUGUCAAGGCGGAAAUGGCACAGAUCCAGUCAACGUUACGCAUCGAGAUGCAAAACACCAAGAGAUCAUGGCUUGACCUUGGCGCAACUUCAGGCAUGCGAAGACGUUUGCUGACGACCUGUAUGUUAGGCCUGUUCACGCAGUGGUCUGGAUCGACUCUUAUCUCAUACUACCUCGGCGACCUGCUGCAGAUCACGGGCAAUGAUUCUUCCUAUUUCAAGCAGACUAUCAACGUUAGCUUGUCUUGCUGGAGUCUUGUAUGCUCUUUCACAGCGUCAAUGCUCGUUCGUCGGUUCAAACGUCGACAUAUGUACCUAGCCUGUACCAUUAGUUUGCUCAUCUGCUUUUCCAGCUACACCAUUAGCAUGGAGAGGACAAUUACGGCAAAGGAGAACGGGGGAUCCAACGAUGCUGCUGCAUAUCUUGUUGAGAUCUGGCCCUACGCUGAGAGGUCUCGUGGUAUAGCUGUUUUCCAGCUCUUUGCACGUUCUGCAGAGUUUCUCACCACCUUUGUCAAUCCAAUUGGUCUUGCAAAUAUAAGCUGGCGGUAUUUCAUCAUUUACUGUUGCAUUCUUGCGUAUGAAGUUGUUUUUGUGUACUUCUUCUUCCCAGAGACUGCUGGUAGAACGCUUGAGGAAGCAACAUUCUUAUUUGAAGAAGAGAAGUCAUUAGCUGUAGAGACUAUACUUGCAGUGGAGAGCUCAACUGCCACAGAGCUUAUGGCAAGGGACUCUAUUGAGCGCAGAAAUGCAGGAUCUGGGACAAAGAAGUUAGCGUAA